AUGAUCCAGCGAGAUAUGCACCUACAAGAAAUACACACAACUUCUACCUUUUUCACACGGAUAAGGGACACUUUGCUCCCCCUUAAUCUCCAUGGUUCUCUGAUUGACCAAGUGACUCAUCUGGUGAGGAUCAUGGCAAGGAAGAACCAAUCUUUAGCUUAUACUCAGAGCAAUAUAUCAUAUUCUCAAGCAUCUAUAUCGGUAACUCACAGGGGAUUGGAGUCUUUGCGCCUUGAGAAUGCUUCUUUAACUCAGCGCUUGGCCAAUUGUACGGCUACCAACCUUGAGGUGGCUUCAUAUUCGUUUAAGAAUGCCUUGUGUGAUACGGUGGGAGAACUGACUUAG